CAUUUGAGAGAAUACAGUUUGAGAGAAUACAAAGCAUCCAAAAAUGCAUCUCUACAAGUAAGAAUCGCACUUUCAUGUUAUAGUCGCUUGAAAAGAUAAAAACCGUCAAAUUAAAUAUGUUAUAUGUUUUUUUAAAACAGCUUAACCGGUUAAAAGUUUUCAUUUUCUUAAUUACUAAUUACUCAUGUAAGAGACUCAUGGUGCUACUAAACCAACAUUCAAAAAAUAUAAAGGCGGCUUAGAGUGUUGCGAAAGAUGUACAAUGAGGUUUUUUCAACGUUUGUAAAUAGAUUAUCAAUUCAUGAUGAUAAUCUUAUUAUUUUCUUUUGUAUUGUUGUGUGUGUUAGUGAAGAUGGACAUGUUUGUUAAUAGAGUUAUCAAUUCAUGAUGAUAACCUUAUUAUUUUCUUUUGUAUUGUUGUGUGUAUUUUUUUAUAUUCAACAAAAUAUAAACUCUAUUCAAUUUAAUCCGAGAACUACCACACUUGAAAGGAAUUAAACCAAAGAUAUUCUCGUACAACCAAAAGAAUAUCCCCCUUUCGUCCCUCCGCAUAUGCUUCCCCUCUUGAUAUCAUUUUACACCCACCACUUUCCCCUUCAUAAAACCUCAACUUCACUCACACACCCAUUUCAUCAAACCCCAAAUUAUUCAUACCAUCUCAUCAAAUUCCCCCCAAAAAAACGUCAAGAAAUUCAAGAAAAUCAUACCCAUUUCAUCAAAUCACCAAAAAACUUCAAGAAAUCAAGAAAACUUCCAUACCCAUCUCACUAAAUACCAAAAAAACUUCAAGAAAUCAAGAAAAGAUUCAUACCCAUCUCUUCAAAUCCUCAAAAACCUUCAAGAAAUCAACAAAGUUUCAUACUUUCUUCAAGAUAUCAAGAAAAUAUUCAUACCCACCUCAUCCAUUCCCCAAAAAACUUCAAGAAAUCAAGAAAAGAUUCAAACUUCUUCAAAAAUCAAGAAAAAGAUUCAUACCCAUCUCAUCAAACCACACAAAAGCUUCAAGAAAUCAAGAAAAUUUUCAAACUUUCUUCAAGAAACCAAGAAAAGAUUCAUACCCAGUUGAAAAAGGCAUGAAAUUUGGCAAGAGUUUGAGCAACCAGAUCGAACAAACCUUGCCGGAGUGGAGAGAUAAGUUUUUAUCUUAUAAAGAACUCAAGAAACGGUUGAAACUAAUCAACCCACAAGAAAAAUCCGGUGAUGUUUGCAACAGGGAGGCUAAAAGACCAAGAUUGACCGGCGCCGGCGCCGGUGCCGGUGCCGGAGAUGGGACGUUGGUUGACGGCGGAGGAAUGUCUAAAGAGGAGGUUGAUUUUGUUGAGUUGUUGGAGAAAGAGAUUGAGAAGUUUAACUUGUUCUUUGUUGAGAAAGAAGAAGAGUAUAUCAUCAAAUUGAAGGAACUGCAAGACAAUGUGGCAAAGGCGAAGGAUUCGACCGAAGAGAUGAUAAAGAUACGAAAAGAAAUGGUCGAUUUCCAUGGAGAAAUGGUUUUGUUGGAAAAUUAUAGCGCGCUUAACUACACUGGAAUAGUAAAGAUUUUGAAGAAAUACGAUAAGAGGACCGGAGCGGUUCUUCGUUUACCCUACAUUCAAAAAGUCCUACAACAACCAUUCUUCACCACCGACUUGGUUUACAAGCUCGUGAAAGAGUGUGAGGCGUUGCUAGACCGUCUCUUCCCUCUGACCGAACCUUCAGUAGAUGAAGUUUGUGGCAAUGGUGGUGCUAACACCAGUGCCACCAUGUUGGCCCCCAGCACAUCAAACUGUGGUGAGACAACCACAGGAGUUGUGGGGGCCAAAGAAUUUGUUGAGCUCGAGUUCAUGAAGAGCUUAUACACAAAAAGCACCAUUUCCGCCCUACAGGUUUUGAAAGAAAUAAGAAGCCGAAGCUCCACGGUUAGCGUGUUUUCAUUGCCGCCAAUGCAAGUAAACAUAUUGGAGGAAACUUGGAACAAGUUUCCGGUGCUUGAACAAUUAGCAAAAUAGGAAGGGGAAGUGAUAUUAUUUUGUGUACUUUUUGGUUUUUAUGGUUGUAACUUGUAUUCGAUAUUAACUACUAUUGUAAAAUACAUAGAUAUGAAGCUUUAAGUAUAAACCAUACGAAUAUUCCUCAGCUUGGUUAUAAUCGAGUUGUUGGGUUAGGUCUUUUUUUAAACAUAAGAUAAAAUCAACAUAUGAAUUUCUUAUUUUUA